CUUUAUCCGCUAGUGCACUAUCACCAGUAUAUGUACAGAUGUAUUAGAUUCUCCCCUGUUAGGCAUCCUCCUCUUUAGCCCGAGCGCCAUUCAUUGCCGCCUCAGUUUUCUUCUUCUCCUUCUUCUUCCUCGUCCCAAUUUAGACAUUUCCAGUCACGGGCUGCUACAAAACAAGCGCCCUUUUGCUCUGUUCACCACCACAUUCCGCCCUUAUAUAAGCCCCGCGAGUCGUUCGUCGCUCCUUGCUUAGGGAGUUGCUUUUCGGGAGGUCGCGCGCCCCUCUCCCAACAUGAGCCCCGCCCGGAACGGAGCGCCGGAGGUGUCCCCUGUCUUGCUCUGCCUCUGCUGCAUUCAUGUGUUCUUGUCGUGCGCCGUCUUUAGCUCCCGGUUCGUCGCUGGCCAGCCGCCGAAGCCGGUCUUCGCGUGCGACGUGGACGGCGACCCGAGCCUCGCUGCCUUCGGGUUCUGCAACGCGUCGUUGGGAGUCGAGGCGCGGGUGGCGGACCUGGUGAAGCGGCUGACCCUGCAGGAGAAGAUCGGAUUCCUGGUGAACAGCGCCGGCAAUGUGGACCGCCUGGGGAUCCCCAAGUACGAGUGGUGGUCGGAGGCGCUGCACGGGGUGUCGUACGUCGGGCCCGGGACGAAGUUCUCGAGCCUCGUCCCGGGGGCGACGAGCUUCCCUCAGGUCAUCCUGACGGCGGCCUCGUUCAAUGCCACCCUGUUCGAGAUCAUUGGGAAGGUGGUUUCGACAGAAGCCCGGGCGAUGCACAAUGUGGGGUUAGCCGGAUUAACGUUUUGGUCUCCAAAUGUCAACAUAUUCAGAGACCCGAGAUGGGGACGGGGCCAGGAAACCCCGGGGGAAGACCCGCUGCUCUCGAGCAAGUACGCAUCGGGUUAUGUCAGAGGGCUACAACAGAGCGAUGACGGAAAUGCAGACCGGCUUAAGGUCGCUGCGUGUUGCAAACAUUAUACUGCGUACGACCUUGAAAACUGGAAAGGUGUCGAUCGCCUCCACUUCAAUGCUGUGGUAACACAACAAGAUUUAGAUGAUACGUUUCAACCGCCGUUCAAGAGUUGUGUCCUCGACGGCAAUGUCGCGAGUGUGAUGUGCUCCUUCAACCAGGUUAAUGGCAUACCAACGUGUGCAGACCCGGACCUUCUCGCCGGGGUUAUCCGAGGAAAAUGGAAAUUAAACGGAUACAUAGUUACGGAUUGCGAUUCGGUGGACGUGUUCUAUAAUUCCCAACACUAUACUAAAACACCAGAAGAGGCUGUAGCUAAGGCCAUUUUGGCAGGGUUGGAUCUCAAUUGCGGAUCUUUCCUUGGCCAACACACCGAAGCGGCGGUGAAAGGUGGACUGUUGGAUGAAUCGGAAGUCGACAGGGCCGUCUCUAACAAUUUUGCCACGCUGAUGAGGCUCGGCUUCUUCGACGGCGAUCCUAGGAAGCAGCUGUACGGAAAGCUCGGCCCGGACGACGUGUGCACACCGAGCAACCAGGAGCUCGCCCGCGAAGCCGCGAGGCAAGGGAUUGUGUUGCUCAAGAACAAGGCAGGAUCGUUGCCCCUGUCCUCGACCGCCAUAAAGUCCUUGGCGGUGAUCGGACCAAAUGCCAAUGUCACGAAGACCAUGAUCGGGAACUACGAAGGAACUCCUUGCAAAUACGUGACGCCUUUGCAAGGCCUAGCAGCCGUCCUUUCGACAACAUACGUGGCCGGCUGCGCGGACGUGGGAUGCGGCACGGCCCAAACAGACGAUGCGAAGAAAGCUGCGGCUUCGGCGGAUGCAACGGUGCUUGUGAUGGGCGCCGACCAGUCGAUCGAGAGAGAGGGUGUUGACCGGGUCGACAUCCACCUCCCAGGCCAGCAGUCGCUCUUGGUCUCCGAAGUGGCGAAUGUGUCGAAGGGGCCUGUGAUCCUCGUGAUCAUGUCGGGGGGAGGGAUGGAUGUGUCGUUCGCGAAGGACAACGACAAGAUCACGAGCAUUUUGUGGGUCGGUUACCCCGGCGAAGCCGGCGGUGCUGCAAUGGCGGACGUGAUUUUCGGGGACCAUAAUCCUAGUGGAAGAUUGCCAAUGACAUGGUAUCCGCAGUCAUACGUGGACGCCGUCCCAAUGACGAACAUGAACAUGAGGCCUGACCCGGCCACGGGCUACCCGGGCAGGACAUACCGCUUCUACACCGGGCCGACCGUGUACUCAUUCGGGGACGGGCUGAGCUACUCCGACUUCAGCCACCGUCUAGUCCAAGCGCCCCAGAUCAUGUCCGUGCCCUUAGAGGAAGGCCACGUUUGCCGCUCGUCGGCGUGCGAGUCGUUGGAAGCCACGGGCGAAAAGUGCUCGAAUUUGGCCUUCGACGUGCAUCUGAGAGUCGAGAACGUAGGAAGGUACAGCGGGAGCCACACGGUGUUCUUGUUCAGUAGCCCCCCAUCGGUGCACAGGUCGCCCCAGAAGCACUUGGUGGGCUUUGAGAAGGUGUUCUUGGCCUCGCAAAGCGAGGGACAAGUGCAGUUCAAGGUCGAUGUCUGCAAGGAUCUGAGCGUGGUCGACGAGGUCGGUCGCCGGAAGGUCGCCUUGGGGACGUAUGUCCUCCACGUCGGGGACUUGAAGCAUGCGCUGAGCGUGCGGAUUUGAUCGUCCGGCGCUCCCUGAACCCGCGGUGAAUUUUCAAGUUUUCGCGGAUCUUCGCCUGGACAUUUCCUGAACGAGAAAUCAAAGUGAUAAAAGUUUGAGAGAUGUUCGCAAGAACUGUCUCAACCAAUUCACAUGUAGCCAAUAUUGUUCAAAAGCAAAUGGAAGUUUUUGACUA